AUGUUCCCUAAUAAGUUUACUAAGGUGAUUGUCGCAUUAUUUUUAUACUAUCCACUAGUUGCACAUAAAUUAUCACAGGCUUCAGUUUCAGACAUUACAAAAAUCCCUCUGGACCCGAAACCCACAGUGCACACUCCAGGGGGCAGCUACCGGGGGCUUCGGGCCCAGGACGGGCAUUACUCCAUGUUCCUGGGUAUCCCCUAUGGGAUAGUUGAUAAGCAAAAUGUUUUUGGUCCCUCUAUCCCGCACAAGUUUAAUGGGAUAUUUGAAGCAGUCGAUGAUACCUCAAGAUGUCCCCAAAUUGAAAAAUCUAUAAUAAGUGGCUCACUGGACUGCCUUCACAUCAACAUUUAUGCACCAAAUAGUGCUAGUAUUAAUAAUCCCUUGCCAGUCAUGGUUUACAUAUAUGGGGGAAAAUUCUUAUUAGGAUAUGCAGGCAGAUACUUAUAUGGCCCACGCUUCUUAGUCAGACAUGACGUUAUUUUCAUUUCGUUUAACUAUCGCGUAGGCCUUUAUGGUUUUAUGUGUCUUAAUAAUUCGAAAGUACCAGGGAACCAGGGUUUAAAAGAUCAAGUUCAAGCAUUACGAUGGAUUAAAAAAAAUAUAAAAUACUUUGGAGGAGACGACACCAAAAUCACUUUAGCAGGAAACAGUGCUGGUUCAGUGUCUAUAGAUUACCACCAGUACCAUCUACAGGAACAGCUUUAUAAUAGAGUGAUUUUGCAAAGUGGCGUUGUUAUUUUCCAAGAAAUUGCCUUAAAUGCCAAACCUGAUCCAUAUGCUCCUAUAAAAUUAGCAGAGAAAUUUAAUUUUACAACAGAUGACGUAAAUAAAGCUUUAUUGUUUCUAAAUGAAGUAGAGCCUCAAGUACUUACUGGUGUAACAGAGUAUUCUAGUAUUUAUUUUGGACCGUGCGCUGAAAAAAAAUUCGAAGAUGCUGAUAAUUAUAUAACGAAUUAUCCAACAGAUUUGAACACCGUUAGUCAAACGGAUGUCGAUGUAUUGAUUGGUAUAAAUAAUGACGAGGGCUACUCGUUAAUAGAUGUGUACUUUGAAGAUGUUCAUAUUGAGUGUAAAGACUUUUUGCAUAUGAUUUUAGAAUCUCAUUUUAAAUUUAGAAAUGAAAGCAUGGUUUCAGAGAAUAUACAAAGGAUUGUUCGGUUGUUUUACUAUGGUGAUGAUGUUCCAUGUUCAGAAAACAAGAGACCUGAAAUUAAUAUUUAUUCAGAUUUUUGUAUGAACAGUCCAACUUUACGCACUGUUAAAACAUAUUUGAAUAGUGGCAUAGACAACAUGUAUUUCUACAUGUUUUCCUUUGCUGGUGAAAGGAAUUUUAUCAAGGACUACUUAAAAAUACCAUUUGCAACAGAAAAUGCAGUUCACGCAGAUGAACUAGGAUAUUUGUUUGACAUUUCUUACAUGAAGGAGCGGUCUCGUGAUGAAGAUAUGCUAAUAAUAGACAGGAUGACCGAACUUUGGACCAAUUUUGUAAAAUACGGAAACCCAACCCCGAAACCAUCCAAAUUGGUUCCUCUGCAAUGGCCGCGCGUAUCGCAGGACAAGCUGCCAUAUUUGGAGAUAAACACUGAACUACGCCUAGGGUCCAGACCGUUGCACGAGCGGAUGAGCUUUAUAGACCUUCUGGACCUUAAGUAGAAGUUAAAAGUGAAUAUGCAAGAGC